AUGGGCGCGCUGCGACUGUUGAGGUUGUUGCAGGUUCUGCGGCUGUUGUUGACAGUGAUCCAGCCGUUUCUCCCUCCAACUCUUGGCGUAUCUGCGAAGGUAACCAUCGGCAAUCACGCGAAGGACGACUUUUUACUAAAAACAUUAGCAAUAGACAAAAAGAAACUGGACCCUUCCUACUUCCAAAGGUAUGAUAACAUAAAAUGGGAGGGGAAAAUAAUCGCCAUAGGGGACAUUCAUGGGGACAUAGAAAGUCUGAAGUUGAUUUUACGACAUGCAAAUUUAAUAAACGAAAAUGAUGAAUGGGUUGCAGAAAAUGUAUUGCUAGUUCAAGUGGGAGACGUACUAGACAGGGGAAUUUAUGGUCCAUUAAUCUAUGACUUUCUAUUUAAGUUACAGAAGGAGGCACCUUUGAAAAAUAGCAAAGUCCUACUAAUCAUGGGCAAUCACGAACAACUAAAUCUGUGCGGAUAUUUCAAUUACGUAAAUGAGAAAGAAGUGGAAAUAUUUUUUAAAAAUAAUUUUAACAACAGGUUGUACCAUUUUGUGUCCAUUACAGGGGAGUAUUUCAAAAAGUUAAUUCGCCUACCAGUAAUUGCAAAAGUGAACGACAUUUUAUUUGUUCAUGCAGGGAUAAGCAAAAAGAUUUCUUCACUUAGCUUACACACCAUACGGUUAAAGACGAGGCUACAAAUUGAGAACAUGUGCCAAAUUCUCAGUUAUGAUAAAUCCAUGAACUACGUAAAUAGAGAGGGAGUGCUUUGGUAUGACCAUAUUUCACGAACAGCUCCCUACGAUGAAAACGAAGCAUGCUCAAUUUUAUCUCACGUUUUUAACAACUACAAGGCCAAGCAUUUAGUCGUAGGACACACUAAGCAGCUGACACAUGAAAUUAGCUCCUACUGCAAUGGUGGUCUUUUUCUCAUCGACACUGGGAUGAGCCUUUUCAUGAACAACGGACAGCCAUAUCCAAACUACCUCGUCGAGGAAAAUGGGAUCUUUAAGUCAGUUCACUUGAAGGUUCAGGUAAAUAAGAAGAGCAAAUAUUGCGAUUCGUUGGAGAUAGAAUUGAACAGCCCCAACAAGCAGAGCUUCUGCGUCCACGCUAGGGAAAUGCUUUUGUCUACCGCGAGCAAAGGUUGA